AUGCGGGUAUCUGCUAUAUUUUUAUCAGCCUUGAUUGUUUCAGUUUCCUCUGAAGAUAUCAAGGAUCGUGAGUCAUUACUAGUUCAAAUCAGCUCUGGUCUCGUCAGAGGGUAUAAGGAUAUCCACGAUGAUGUCUUCGUGUUCAAUGGAAUACCAUACGCUACAGCACCGACUGGGACAGAAAGAUUUAAGUGUAUCAUCACUUCUCACACAAUGCGGGUCUUUGCUAUAUUUUUAUCAGCCUUGAUUGCUUCAGUUUCCUCUGACAAUAUCAAGGAUCGUGAGUCAUUAUUAGUUCAAAUUAGCUCUGGUCUCGUUAGAGGGUAUAAGGAUAUCCACGAUGAUGUCUUCGUGUUCAAAGGAAUACCAUACGCUACAGCACCGACUGGGACAGAAAGAUUUAAGUGUAUCAUCACCUCUCACACAAUGUGGGUGUCUGCUAUUUUAUUAUCAGCCUUGAUUGCUUCAGUUUCCUCUGAAAAUAUCAAGGAUCGUGAGUCAUUAUUAGUUCAAAUCAGCUCUGGUCUCGUUAGAGGGUAUAAGGAUAUCCACGAUGAUGUCUUCGUGUUCAAUGGAAUACCAUACGCUACAGCACCGACUGGGACAGAACGAUUUAAGGUAAAAGAUCAAUGA